AAUUCCACAUCUUUCAUUUCUAUAAAUUUGGGGGAGACAUUUCCCAAUUACACCAAUCCAAAAAGGAAGAGAAAAAUAAUAUAAUUGUCAAAUUACAAAGGGAGUAGAAAAAACAAAAAUGAGUACUGAAAAAUCUCAAGUUCCUCUCCUCACUCCAUACAAGCUUGGAAAAUAUGAUCUUUCUCACAGAGUCGUAAUGGCACCAUUGACUAGACAAAGAUCUUACAAGAAUGUCCCUCAGCCACAUGCCAUUUUGUAUUAUUCUCAGAGGGCCAGUAAAGGAGGACUCAUCAUAUCUGAAGCCACUGGUGUUUCUGAUACUGCUCAAGGAUAUCCAGAUACACCUGGGAUUUGGACAAAAGAGCAAGUAGAAGCUUGGAAACCUAUAGUUGAUGCAGUUCAUGCUAAAGGUGGUGUUUUCUUCUGUCAAAUUUGGCACGUUGGCCGAGUUUCAAAUGCUGGUUUUCAGCCAAAUGGGCAAGCUCCAAUAUCAUCUUCAGACAAGAUAUUGGAGUCCCAGGUGCGAGCCAAUGGUGUCGACGUGGCAAGGUUCUCACCUCCACGGCGAUUAGAGACAGAGGAAAUUCCUCAAAUUGUCAAUGAUUUCAGACUUGCUGCACGGAACGCUAUGGAAGCCGGUUUCGAUGGAGUUGAGAUUCAUGGGGCUCAUGGUUACCUAAUCGACCAGUUCAUGAAAGACCAAGUCAAUGACAGGACUGACAAAUACGGCGGGAGCCUAGAAAAUCAAUGUCGCUUCGCACUAGAAGUAGUUGAAGCUGUUGUGGAUGAGAUAGGAGCCGAUAAAAUAGGGAUUAGGCUCUCUCCUUUCGCAAAUUAUAUGGAAUCGGGUGAUUCAAACCCCACUGCUCUGGGACUUCACAUGGCGGAAUCCUUGAACAAAUACAAUAUUCUCUUCUGCCACAUGGUCGAGCCAAGGAUGAAAACUGUUGCAGAGAAGUGUCAAACACCCCAUAGUCUUCUACCUAUCAGAAAAGCUUUCAAGGGGACAUUCAUGGUUGCUGGAGGUUAUGAUAGAGAAGAUGGUAAUAAAGCUAUCACCAGCAAUUCAGCAGAUCUUGUUGUAUUUGGUCGGUUAUUCUUAGCAAACCCAGACUUGCCAAAGAGAUUUGAGAUUAAUGCUCCUCUUAAUAAGUACAACAGAGAGACAUUCUACAUUUCUGACCCUGUUCUUGGUUAUACUGACUACCCAUUUCUGGAAUCAAUAGAUCAAAUUUCCAACUAAGCUUGUCAGGGAAAAAGAAAGAUUAAGGACGGUAUCAACACUAGAAUUAUUUCUUCUGCCUGCCUCUCAAGUGUCAAAGAAUGACACACUUCUGUUGGCAUGUUACAUGCUAGCUAGGUUAAGGGCACCAGGUUGUUAAGGUGACUCAGUUAUUAGCCGUUAAUUGUCUUUAAUUAAGUCUUGUAAUUCUGUUUUUAGUUAUUUGAACCCCCUGUGCUACUGACCCGUAUUGUGCAUGCUGUCCUCGUGAGUUAGUGGGUAUAAGUCCUUGUGGUUGGUCCUGUUUUGACCUAUAAGAAUUAUUAAUCCAAAGCCAUCUUUUUUCUCUCAA